CGGGGCUUGGGGCUGGUUGAAGCUCUGGUGGGUAGGUGGGUUCAGACCGAGGGGACUACGGGUCGGCGUUGGGCUCAGUGGGUUCGAACAAAGGACUCUCGGCCAGGGGCUCGGAGCAGUGCCUUCUGACGGGUAGCUGAGCGCCAGAUCUCGGCUUCUCCGCCAACCAGUGCCCUCGCCGCGCGGUCCCAGUCGGCUUUACCUCGGUGCCCUACGGCCAGUCCCGCGGUGGGGGGCCCGGCGCAGCGGCACCUGCUGCUGAGGGACCCCGCGGCCCGCCAAGGUGCUCAUGAUGGGGCUGAUCUUCGCAAAACUAUGGAGCCUCUUCUGUAACCAAGAACACAAAGUAAUUAUAGUGGGACUGGAUAACGCAGGGAAAACCACCAUUCUUUAUCAAUUCUUAAUGAAUGAAGUGGUUCAUACAUCUCCAACCAUAGGAAGCAAUGUUGAAGAAAUAGUUGUGAAGAACACUCAUUUUCUUAUGUGGGAUAUUGGUGGUCAAGAGUCACUUCGGUCAUCCUGGAACACGUAUUACUCAAAUACAGAGUUCAUCAUUCUUGUGGUUGAUAGCAUUGACAGGGAACGACUAGCUAUUACGAAAGAAGAAUUAUACAGAAUGUUGGCUCAUGAGGAUUUACGGAAGGCUGCAGUCCUUAUCUUUGCCAAUAAACAGGAUAUGAAAGGGUGUAUGACAGCAGCUGAAAUCUCUAAAUACCUCACCCUCAGCUCAAUUAAGGAUCAUCCAUGGCACAUUCAGUCCUGCUGUGCUUUAACAGGAGAAGGGUUAUGCCAAGGUCUAGAGUGGAUGACCUCCCGGAUUGGUGUGAGAUAACUUUUUUGCUCGAAAGAGACUCUAUUUAUUCUGUGACAUGAACCUAGUACAUUUGGCUGCUAAAGCAGCAGCAUGUUUAAUUAAUUUAUAACAACACAAACCUCUGUGAGCAACACUUGAAUCAAGUGCAGCUGAACUGGAACAUAAAAGAUUUUUACUUAAAUUUUUUUUUUAAUGCACUAAUCUUCAGUUGGAUAAACAUAAUGUAUAACUGUUUUCAGCAACAGAAUUCUUCAGACUGCUUAUUCUAAUUAUUCAACGACUGCCUUUUAAGAAAUAUUUGUCAUAUGUUUAAUGUUUUCUGAAAUAUUGUAAUAACUUUAAUGACCAGUUUCUUUUCAUUUCUUGACUGCUCCCUCCCCCUACCAGAUAAUUACCAGUUGUGGAAAUUGUCAGGUACUGUUUGCAAACUUAUCCAGCACUAAAUAUUUGUUCCCUCUGUAAACCACUUACUUUAGGACAGAACUUUAUUAUAGAGAAAGAAAUAUGCUAAAAGAUAUAUAUUUAAGGAGUGGAUGAAAAUCAUGAGACCUGCCUUUUAAAUGAGUUGCUUUACUCCACAUUAUUGCAAGUCAUGGAAUAAUUUUAAGUUUCUAGUAUCAUCUCAGUUAAGAAGGGUGUUUAUCUUAGAAGAAUUAAGUUCAGUUUUCAGCCUACAACAUGGGAUUGGUUUGGUUAAAAACUAAUAAUAGUAAAAUAUUUAUUUCAAAGCCCAACUUCGAUAGUAAAUACUUUGAUUAAAUAUGGUAUUUUUAAGAAUGUCACAUUAUUCAAUGCAUAUAUAACUAUCAGAAAGUAUUAAAGUAUACCAGCACUGAAAAUAUAACAAGGCACUUGAAAUAUAUUUUUACUAUCAAUUACAAACAACUUUAUUAUCAGCAAAAAGUUAACUGUUUCAUCUGCUUUGGGCAGUAGCUAAAAAGCAGAAGAAUAAACAGUUCAUUUUAUUUCUUAGAAUUUCAAAUUGUGUGAUAGCAUCUCUACCACCAGCAGUAUAUUACUUAAAAAAAUCCAUAUGACUUUCCUUAAGUCUGUUGUAGUGUAAUAGGCUUGAAACAGUUGCCAUUUGUGUAAUUAUAUGUCGUGUUCUAAAAUCUUUUACUAGAUUAUAGGAAACUGCUGAACUUAAUUGUGGCUUUUAGAAUAUUACUAUGAAACGCAAGUUUAAUACAGUAACAACUUAAAAAAAUUUUUUGCUAGUUAAAAACUCAUAAUCUAGCAAAAGUUUGUUUUAUUGGCUAGCAUUAAAACAUUUUUAAGGCAGUGUCUAACACGAACAGUAAUCUAAAUAGUGCAUACCUUAAGAGAGGGGGGAAGUAUUGUAGUUUUGAUCCUCUUUAUUUCAAAUAUGUGCUUUUGGUAUAAUGAAAGGGAUAAUAUACAUACAUAGAGAAUAAUACUUUAUUUUUGCAGUAUUCUUUCAUUUGGGUAAAAAAUAGGAUUCAGUAUUCAUAAAAAUAUCAAUACCUAUUCAAAUUGAUAUUUUAAUAUUUUUACUGUAGGUUGUUUAAAUUUUUCUGUUUUCAGGUAUACUGGAUUUAUUAUACUUAGUCUAAAUAAUUUAGUUGACUGUGGUGACAUUUUUCUGAUUCCUAUUUAGUGGUAGUACUCCCUGGAACUGGAAAUCACCAGAGGAAAACUCUCUGGGCUUUGGGACCUAGUUGUUCAUUAACCUUGUUUUCAACCUUUUUCUUAAGUGAUACUGUACCAGGUAGAGAGAAAUUUUGUUUUUAAUAUAAUGUAUAGUCAGGAACAGGAGAGAAAAGUAGACAAGAAUCAACAUGGUGUCUAUGUGGGAUAGAAUAGGGGCAGGAGAAAUUAUGAAAAUCCCGUUUACCUGAAGCACACUUUGGCAGAAUUUCUAUCUUGGGUUGUAUAGUUUAGCCAUGAAUACUGGGGGUAAUUCUCUGAAUUCUUUCCUGAGAAAAAUCAUAUUUAAUACUUCUGUAUUUGUUCUUAUUGUGAUAUCUUUCUUCUUGUAUCUAAUAAGAUUGGCUGGCUCCAUUUUCUUCUAUCAAAUUAUAUGGUUAUUUUUUUAUAUUACCACAUCAGCAUUAUACUGAAAGUGUUAAUAGUCAAUUGUAUUUUGUCAGACUACUAGUGUAGACUCAAGUUUUCUAUUUGAUCUUUAAAAUACAAUUUGUUUUAUUUUCUAAAUGCUUUUAAAAAAAAUAUUUGUUGGUUCUGGAUUAGAAAUUGUUAGCUGUGUGUUGAAGAUGAAAUAGAUGUCCAGCUAGGUUUUGUGCCAACGAUUGGGAAAAGUUCAAUUAGAAAAUUCAUGUAAGACUUUUUAAGUUUUUUUUAUGGGUUCUCAUUAGAUAUUUCCUUUUGUAGUAAUAUGAAAACUGAUUAUCCUUUACUCCAAGAGAAUGUUUUGACCCAAGCACAUAUUUAACAUUGAAGCAUUGAUUCUGACAUUUAUUGAAAAUCAGUCAACUGUAAGAUACUGUCUGAUGAAAAAAUGUAAAUUGUGAUUAGUGCCUUUAUUUGUAUUUUGAGAUAAGUUCUCAAUUUUGUAUUAUACCUGUUCUUUAGAAGUCAUAAUUGCAGCUCAUUAAUUUAACAAUAGUUCAGGUUUCAUGCUCCCCGUCAAUCCCUUGGUUGCCUAGCAAAAUUUCUAAUAAGUGGUAGAAGGCAGGGGGACCCACCCAUGUUACUUCUGGGAGAUUAUUCUACAUAUUGUUUUUAAUUUGAGAUAAAGAAACUAAAUUUAAACAAAUCUUUGGCUAUAACUAAAAUGUAACUGUUACCCUUGUAAGUUCAAGGCAUUUUUCUUAAUUUUGAACAUGUUGCAUUCUUCCUGUUUAAACCCAUCUUUCUUAUCAAAGUGCAUUUGAGAACUUUUAGAAUUAAUAAGCCUUUUUAUAUGAGAACAUAGCUGUGUAUUUUGUUAAUGUAAUUUAAUUCCUUAAAAUUUGAAAUAAUAUAUCUAUAAUCUAUUAAAUAACAUGAUUAAGUACAAAUUUUUGCCUUUAGGUUCUUUGUUAGUAUGCUUAAAGGUAUAAUUUUAUUCUAGCUUCACUAGAGGAAUGAUGACAAAUUGAAAUUUCAUUGUUAAAAAUUAUGUUUUAAGUGGAUGCUACUCUUGUAACCAUAGUCAUUUUGAUUAAGCCUAAAUUAACUUUCAUUAUAUUUAGCAUAAAGAAAAAACAAUUAUUUUCCUAGGGAAACCAUGAGUGAUAUAGGCAGUGCUGUAAACAUUAUUCUCUGAAGAGUUAUGGGGCGCCACAAAGCAAAGAAAAUUUUAAAACAAUAAAAGCUUUAUUUUUAAAAAAGUAUUUUUGAUGUAGUAUCUUAGGAUGAAUUAUAAAUGGAUUUGUCUCUGCCUAGAGCUCAUUGAAUUCUUACUUAUGUAGAAGAAUACCAGUUGAAAAACCAUACUGGUAUUAUACCUAGAAUAGGUUAAUUCCCUUGAUAUUUAUCUUUGAAGACCAACUUCCUGAGCCUAACUAUGGCUUUGGAUCCAAAACAUAUUUCAUACCUAGUUCAGUUCUAAAGGAUCUUUUUUAUCUUGUCAGGGUAUAGUCACUUCACCAUACAGCAUGAUGGCUUGUAGCCAGUAGAAUGUAGGGCAUUCUGAAAGUUUAUAUACUACUAUUAAAAACUGAAGGAAGAAAAAAACACCCAAAACACAACAACAAAAAAGAAGCAAACCAGACGGAGGAAGGACAUGUAACAUGAAAUUGCGUUUAUUUUAAUCUGUUAUUUGAUUCCCACCUCAUUAGCAUAUUGAUACAAUCAAAUAAAGCAAAGAAUCAACUAGUAACUGCUACUCCACUUAAACUGAGCUAAUAGUUAAUGAAAAUGCAAAAGAGAAAAUAACCCACAUAUUGCUAAGAAGAUAUUUAAGCUAUUUACAAAACACUGUAUACUGGGAAGUUCUCUCUUCUAGAAAAUAUCUUGCUUAUUUUCCUGGCUUUUACUAAUUAGAUGGAAGUGGUUAGUUUGUUCAGAGCUUAUUGGCUUUAGAGGAUUACCCCAAACUCUAGUUCCAUGUUGAUUUUCCAGUAUUGAAAGGAUAGUACAGCCAGGAUUGUCAAUAUUUUACAAAUAUCUCUAUAAAUCUGUAAGUAGUUUAGAUUCAAAGUCAGUUUUUUCAGUAAUGUCUCAUCCUUAUUCAUUUAGCAUUACUGUGAAGACUGGCAUCUAAAAGCCAGGUCCCCAAAAAGUACUUUUUAAGAGUUUCAGGUAACCAGAGUUAUACAGAGAAGGCCAAUUUAAAAAAAAAUUUUUUUUAGCUGCUUUGUAUUAAAUUCAAGAUAGACAAAAUAUUGUUUUGCAGACCUAAAAUCAGCUUUAAAUAUAUAAAGUCUUGUGAGAUGUUUGAGAAAUAUUAAUUUAGAGGUUUAGAAGCAGGCGUAGAAACAAAAGUCAAAAAACUUGGUAAUGUGAGGUUAAAAUCUUCAGUAGGAAAUUUGAAUGAAAACAGUGAAGUGCCCCCAUUCAAGGCACUUAAAACUACUAGAAAAUUCAGUCUUACUGUAGAACCGGAUAGCCUAUAUUAUUAUUAAUGUGACCAAAAGAUUGAAGACUGAUCGGAUUUCUAGAAUUUGAGAGCAUAGUCACAGAAAGCCCCUUUUGCAUUUUUAUAAACCAGUAAUCUGCCUUUCCCCCCACUCUGGAAAUAAAAAAAUAAUAUGCUGUGCAUGUCUUCUGGAAUUGGAAACAAAAUUCUAGAAGAAUAGAAAUGUUCUCUUGCACAAACUUGUAAAAUUUUAAUUUAAAAAUUACCUCAUUUUUCAGUCCAUAUGGUGUUGUCCUCCAGUUUGUGCGAUGUGGCACCAUCCCAUUAAAGUCCUCUUCCCCCAAACUGUAUUGAAAUAGGCAGAUUUCACAGCUAAGGGAGAACAUUCCUCAAAGACUGUUUUCUUUUAGUCUAGUUUACCACCAGCAGGACUAAUGUGGAGCAGACCCACAUACUGUUCAUUAAAGCACAUGGCCAAGUGCUUAGUCAAUAUUUAAUCAGUUUAAUUAGAACCAAGUAAGGGAAAGGAAAAACCUUAAAAUUUAAUUGAUUUUUAUUAUACUGUGAAUAUAUUUCCGUCAGUGUUGGUAAGAUAUCAAAUGACUAUCAGUUGAUGUUGGUUAUAUAUCAUUUAUUUGUUAUCUUUUGGCCAUAUUCAUAAGAGACUAUAAUCAUUUUAAUCUUACAUUUUCCUUUAGGAAAUUCAGGGACUCUACAGCCCCUAUUUUGUUCUCUUGGAGUAAACUAUUCAGUGUAGUUAUGAAAAGUUUUCAUUUUGAUUUUUCUUAAAAGUUAAGCUGCUAUUUCAUUAAAAGUGUGAAAUAAAAUAAUGGUUAUGAUUUUUUUUCCAUUAUGUAACUAUUAUAAAUUUUACCUUAUUGAUCACUGUACAGAGGAUGGUUAAAAAAACAAAAAAUAAAGCUAAGUCAUUGCAGCCUUGCUUUGUGUUAGUUCUGAUCAGAAUAUAAUGAUUAUAAUUGCACAUUGCCAUCUUAACAUAAAUUGGUGCUUUAGAGCAUGAAAGAGGAAACAGCAGGCCCUAUAUAAUAUACUUCUUGCCUCAGAAUGUAAAACUACAUUAAAGUGUCUGUAUAUUUAUGUUCAUUUCUUAAGAUUUAAAUAUAAAUUGUUAUCCAUGAAGCUUCAGGCUUUGUGCAAACACUGUAACAAUAUCUUAGCUAAUCAGCUUGGUAAAAUGAAGAUGGUGUUAGUAAGGCCAAAAUUAUGAAUUGGAUCUCUCUGGGGGUCCACUGGUAUUGUACAGAGGAAAAAAAGUGUCUUUCAUGCCACAAACUGUGCUGCUUAAACCCAACCAAACAACUAAGAUGUGUGCUAUUGGUUCAGUAUAUAAGCAUUCAUAGAAUUACAAGAGCAAGCAAAUUAUUUAAUGUGCUUACAUCAUCACUUCUUGAAAGUGGUUCAAAACAUGUUCUUCUAAUGGUGGGGUUGUUUUAAAGACAUGUUUUAAAUUUUUAGUAGUUUUAUUACUGUCAUAAAAUGCUUCUAUAUGUUAAGUUUAGGUUACUGGUACUCAUGACUUAUUGCUUGCAUGCCUACUUAUCCAAGUGCAAGGAUGCUGUUUGCUCUGGAAUGUUCAUCUUUUAGACAGGUUUUGGCUCAUUUGCAAUCAUGGUGCAAUAAAUACAGUGUAACAUUGUUUUCAGUCAACAGUUUUAUUUUUGUCAUAAUAAAUAAUUACUUUUCCAAUAUGA